AUGCAUACUCACUCGCCUUCGUCGGAGACCUCGUCUGCGUCUUCAUCGCACUCGUCGCACUCAUCACACUCUGUGACACAUUCACAUCCCCAACGCCCAACCCUACCUCGCUCGUCGUUUUCGUCACAGUCAUAUCUCCGUCGACACCGACGCAGUCCGUCAUAUAGCAAAGCAUCACUUCCGUCUGUUGGAGAAGGCAAUUCGACCGACAGGACUUCAUUGUCUAUGACGGUCGACCCUCAUGCUAGUCUUCGACAAUCUCCUCCUCCCCGAAAUAAUGCCAUCAUCCCCUCGUGUGCCGUGAUCUCACCACCAGAGUCGGCGGGAAACUCGAGCGAUGAGGAUACAUCCCCCACGGAUCUCCGUCAUGUGGAUCUGAUCGACGCCGCUAUUCGGACACUCAACGCUCAGAAAAAGAAUGAAGGACAGGAAGAGAAGAAAGAAACCAGCGCAAUGACUAGUGUGGUGCCAGCACUCACGCCAGAAGCACGAAAGAUUUCUCAUUCUCGCUCGUCCACAGAAGGCAGUCUGUUGAUUACCGACUCAAUAGAGACGUCCUCCGAAAGUGACCGUGAUGAAGAUGAAGAAGGACCAAAACCACCCAUGGUUCGCAAGAAGUCUGGUGAACUGGUUCGUCCGGCAUUACGGUCAAGACGUCGGCCUUCUAGCAUGCCUGGAACCCCGACAUUUUCGAAGAACGUCCAUUUUGAUGCGCAACUAGAACACAUCCGGCACUUUCUCCAGCUCGAUAAGCCAUUGGCGGUCAGUGCAAAUACCUCUCCAGUUGAGACAUACAGUGAGGAGCACGAAUAUCCGUUCAAAAGGCCUCAGCCAAGUGCCGAAUGGGAAAUCAAGUUKCCCAAUUUUCCUUUCAACCCAGCCAUCCGUAAACAGCAGCCCGUCCGCCUGGAACGUGUGUUUCUCUCCUCUGAUCACAAAAAUCUGGUGGGUGUGGUAUCCGUGGCCAAUCUGGCCUUCCACAAGCACGUUGUGGCUCSUUUUACUGUUGAUUAUUGGAAGACGGUAUCCGAGGUCACGGCGGAGUAUAACCACGAUAUUCGCAAGAAGCAGGCCCACGACGGCUUCGAUCGCUUUGAUUUCAGUAUCAAAUUAUCUGAUAUCACUGAUUUGGGAUCAAAAACUCUUCAAGUCUGCAUUCGCUAUACAGUAGCUGGGCAGGAGUACUGGGACAAUAACGACAAUAUGAAUUAUCAAAUCCAGUUUGUCAAGUCUGAAAAGGCCCAGCCUGCCCAGGAACAAGCGCCGACUCGCGACCGUGCUCGAGCAUUGCCUCGCAGCAGACACAAUCCGUCUACUGCAGCUCGGCCUCGUUCGAUGCCACCUGCCAGUUUCGAUGACUUUGGUCCGUCGUUUGAUGGAAGCGAUCGACAUGACGAUAGUUUAGGGUUCCGAUUGACCACGCUGGAUUCGCACGAUCUGUUCGAAGCACCUAAACCGAGAGAGAAGCCGGGUCGCCAGGCGUUUGGCAAUCGAUAUGACUUUGGACUGUCACUUUCGGCUGCACGAAGCAGCGGUGCCACCGAGGACCGCACAACGUUGUCAGCCAAAGCAAAGUCCCAGUCGUCUCGAGGCGAGAGCCUGACCACUGUGCAUGCUCACCCGAGGGAUGCUUUCCAGUCGCCUGCCAUCGGCAAGCCUCAUUUGGAGUCGCCUACCUACAAGGAGUUGGUCGACAAGUACUGCUUCUUUGGUUCACCCAAAGUGGAAGGCAGUUUAAACUCGAGCAAAAGUAAUUCCGGCAGUGUAUCGCCGGAUACCAUGCCUCGUGUUGACUCUGGGGUUGCCAUGAACUUGGUAACUGAAAGUGAACCUGCGAAAGUUGGAAUGAACUCGUUCAAUGCAUCGCCCAUUAUUUUCAAUCCGGUGUACCGUGGACAUAUUUCUCGAUCAGGAUUUGAGUCGCAGCCUGCUGCCAUUCUUGGUUGA